CUUGAAUUUAAUAUUCUGAACUUAGUUUACACAAGGAAAGACUGCGGAUCAAUCGGAUUCAGAGACACAAUAGUAUAUUAUUCUUCUGACAAGGAUGGCUGACGAGUCGUUGUAUAUUACUACCAAUGAAGCAGCUCUAGCGGUUGUAGCCACAGCUAUGAAGAAAGCUCGUUUGUCCAUAGACACAUUAAUAAUAAAUUCCUUUACAGGUGGUAUGUUAUUCUCAGCAGGGGGCAUGCUCCAUUUACUUGUUCAAGCCAAAAACCCUGAAAUCAUGGAAAUCAAUCCUGGCAUUGUCCAAUUAUUACAAGGUAUACUAUAUCCCAUCGGACUCUUUUAUGUGGUGAUUAUGGGUGUAGACUUGUUCAAUUCAAAUAUUUUAUUUUUUACAGUGGCUGUUGCUAGAAAUGCUGUGACGGUAUUGGAUUUAUUGAUUUCUUGGAUUGUCAGUUGGUGGUUCAAUUUAGUGGGUAAUAUAUUUGUUUGUUACAUCAUAUGUCAUUAUUCACUGAUUACUGCAAGUAGUGCAUUUGUCAAGGCAUCUAUAGAUAUAGUUAUGGAGAAGGCUGAAUUUACCUUUGUCGAAACUCUUAUAAAGGGAAUGGCUGGUAAUUUUUUCGUAUGCCUAGCCAUUUAUCUUCAACUUAUGGCUAAACCUAUUCAUGUAAAAUUCUUUAUGAUGCUCAUUCCAAUUUUUACAUUUGUAUCUAUGGGAUUUACUCAUUCAGUUGCCGAUAUGUUUUUACUUCUGAUUGGUCUUAUUAAUAAAGCCCCGAUAUCUGUAGGUAAAAUUGCAUGGAAAGUUAUGCUUCCAGGGUUUUUGGGAAAUAUUAUUGGAGGAUCCUUCUUUGCAUUACUUUUACCUUGGUACUUACACAUAGUUGUGGUAGAAAGAGAUUCACGUAGAUUGAACUUACCAGUCUUUGAACUCAGAGAUGAACAACCUGAAUUGAAUCAAGAUUCCAGAGUUGUUAGAGUUAAGCAUCACGGUGAAGAUGUCGAUGAAGAAGAAGAAGAUGAAUUAGAAAAUAAUGAAUUGGAAGAAAAACUUGAAAAUAUACCUCAAACCAUGAGUUCAGGAAGUCAAAUUCCUCAAGACGUUUCCCCACAAGUUACUGAAAGGAAUAUCAGCAUUAGUAACGGGUCUAUUUCUAGAUUUUCUACAAUUUCUAGAAGUAGUACUGGAUAUAUGAAGAGUCAAAGACCAUCACCCAAAAAUGUAUUCCCAGUAUAUGGUAUGGGAAGGCCAUUAUCACGGGAAAAAACUAUUGCCACUGGUAGACUACCACUGGAACUGCAAAAAUCAAGUCAAAUGUCUCAAAAUGAUCCUGGCAUAUAUACAGAGAGUGAUACAGAAGAUCCAGCUGAAUAUAUUGGAGAAAAACUUCGACGAAUAAUUUCAAGAAAAUCAAAGAUAGUGAAAGAUCUUGAGUCCCAAAGGGCAGGAAGAAUGGAUUCCACCGCCAGUACGUCAAGACGACCAUCAAUCUUUCCAAGAUAUUUUUCAAAUAGUUCAACGAAAAAGUUGACUGCAGUUGAAGAUAAAUUGCAGAAAGCGGGAAUUAGAAAGAAAGCUAACGAAGCUGCAAAUGAUGCAGCCGGAGUUGCUGAUGUGCCUUGGAAGAAGGAAGUACUCUCACCAACCCACUCAGCUAUAGACGAAGAAUCGAUACUGCCGAUUGCACAUCUUAACACGGACGAUGUAGAUGGUUCUACACUGAUUGAUUCAAGUAAAGAAUCAUACAAAAUAAUGGGAUAUAACCCGGACGAUAAUAAAAACAUAUAG